AUGGCAAUACCUGUAGCUGCCCUGAAUUGCCAAAAUGAAGUCACAGACGCGACGAUAGAUCGCAACUGGCUGUUGUCAGGCUGUGGCCCUUGUCGCAAGUACCCUUUCCCUAAUAACGACGCCGACGGCUUCAGGUAUGAUGAAGACAACGAUGCAACCUACAAAAGUAUCUGCGACGUAUGCCGCAGUAACUAUGGCCCCAGACAGCCAGACAAGGACACAACCAGCUCGACCACAAGGCUCAGUUUGCCCAAGGAGACACCAACCAUCACGAGUAGCAGAACAACGCAGACGAAACCGCGUGUCGGAUGGCUAACCCCUCCAGGCCCCGAUGAUGGCGCUACAUUUGGAAGCAAUGAUCCUCAAAAGCCAGAUCGCGAUGAUGAUGGCCCUAAACAGCCAGAAAACGACAUUACCAGUUCGAUCGCGGCGCUCAAACAUCCCAAGGAGACACUAAGCAUUACAAGUAUCAAAAUAACACAGACGAAGCCUCGCGUCGGAUGGUCAACUCUUCCAGGUCCCGACGACGGCACUACCCUGGCUUGGUUUACGAAAACAACAACGCAGACCGAGACUGAGACUACCACCACGACGGCAUCCACUACUGUAGAUCUAAGGAAGGAUACGACAGCAUCAAUGAGUCCUAGUGAGACCACGGCAACAUCAAUGAAUUCGGCGAAGAGUACAGCGACAUCGAUGGGGUUGACUGAGACUUCAGCAACAUUGGACCCAAAAGAGACUGACACUCCAACGCCACCAAAGAAAAACCGCUCUGCUGGCCUUCAAACAGCCGGUAUCGUAAUGGCGGUUCUAUUUUUCAUCCUAUUCACAGGUCUAAUCACCUGGAAAUGCUUUCUACACCGCCAGGAUAUUCAGUUUGAUGAGGGCCCUGAGGAGCCAAUGGGUGAAGCUGGUGGCAGUGCCUUCGACGAUUCAGGCUCAGAGGCCGAUGGGAGACAGGCCAGAAAUCUGGUAGUCUCGGUGAGGGACUGGUCCAGAAGGCACCAAUUUCCGUUUCCUCCGCCAAACGAGCCUGAAGAUCCGGCUCCUGAUGAUGAGGAACCUGGGCCCCGUCUAGUUCCUCCCCCUCCUCCUAUUCCUGAGCGACCAGUUCAAGCUCCCGUUGCUGCAGUACAUUCAAACAUCCCACCUACUCGUCCCGCUAUUCCACGACGUCAAGUCCGGGCUCCCUCGGUUCAGGUCCCAACUCCUGACCCAGCUCAAAAUCGGAGUAGCUCGAGUGUCUACAGCCAGGAUAGCGGAUAUCCAAGGUCGAUCGAGAUAACCAGGCCACUCUCCAUACACAGAUCCCGUCGUACACAGGAAGAAUCUCAGUCGCCUCGAGAAUGGAGGACAACAGGACAGCCUAUGCCAACCGAACAUUAUGGCUGGGUUUAA